UUGAGUUUAUGGUUCUUUCUUCAGGUACUGGAAAAAAUGAAUGAUGAUGGGGAAAAAUGCAAGUUCUGAAGGCUACUUUAUUCUACUGGGUUUUUCACAUUGGCCUCAUCUGGAAGUAGUUCUCUUUGUGCUUAUCUUGAUGUUCUACUUGGUGACAUUGAUAGGCAACCUGUUUAUCAUUGUCUUGUCAUGCCUGGACGCCAGCCUCCACACUCCCAUGUACUUCUUCCUCUCAAACCUCUCUUUUCUGGAUCUCUGCUACACCACCAGCUCCAUCCCUCAGUUGCUGGUCAAUCUCUGGGGCCCAGAAAAGACCAUCUCUUAUGCCGGUUGCAUGAUUCAACUUUACUUUGUCCUUGCACUGGGAACCACAGAGUGUGUCCUCCUGGUGGUCAUGUCCUAUGACCGUUAUGCAGCUGUCUGUAGACCCCUACAUUACACCGUGCUCAUGAACCCUCGUUUCUGCCACCUGUUGGCUGUGGCUUCCUGGGUCAGUGGCUUUUUCGCCUCAGCACUUCAUUCCUCCUUUACCUUCUGGGUCCCCCUCUGUGGACAUCACCAAGUGGACCAUUUCUUUUGUGAGGUUCCAGCAGUGCUGCGAUUAUCAUGUGUUGAUACCCGUGCUAAUGAGCUGACCCUCCUGAUCAUGAGCUCCAUUUUCGUCCUCAUACCACUCAUCCUGAUUCUCAGCUCAUAUGUUGCCAUUGCCCUGGCUGUGUUUAGGAUGCAGUCAUCAGUCAAACUUCAGAGAGUCCUUGGAACAUGUGGAUCCCAUCUUAUGGUUGUGUCUCUCUUUUUCAUUCCAAUCAUGUGCAUAUAUCUGCAGCCACCAUCAGGAAGUUCUCAAGAUCAAGGCAAGUUCAUUGCCCUCUUUUAUACUGUUGUUACGCCUAGCCUCAAUCCUCUAAUCUACACUCUCAGAAACAAAGAUGUAAGAGGGGCAGUAAGGAGACUAGUGGGAUGGGAGUGGGAUUUGUGA